AUGUCAUUACAAGUAAUUGAUCAAAACGAUUUUCACCAUAUAUUAAGAGUUUUAAAUACAAAUGUUGAUGGAAAGGAAAAAGUAACAAUAGCAUUGACUGCUAUUAAAGGUAUUGGAAAAAGAAUUGCCAAUGUCAUUUGCAAACAAGCAAAUGUUGAUCCAACAAAAAGAGCUGGAGAAUUAACAACUGAGGAAAUUAAUAAUAUUGUUCAUAUAAUGAGCUCCCCAUCUCAAUUUAAAAUCCCAGAUUGGUUUUUAAACAGAAGAAGAGAUAUUAAGGAUGGAAAGAAUUUACAUGUUAUAGCUAACCAACUUGAUUCUUACUUACGUGAAGAUUUAGAAAGAAUGAAAAAAAUUCGAUUACAUAGAGGUUUACGUCACCAUUGGGGAUUAAGAGUUCGUGGUCAACACACCAAAACUACAGGAAGAAGAGGAAGAACUGUUGGUGUUGCUAAGAAGAAAGGAGCAUAA